GCUGUCAGGCUGCCAGAUCACAGAGGAGGGCUGUACUUCUCUGGCCUCAUCUCUGAAUUCCAAUCCUUCCCAUCUGAGAGAGCUGGAUCUGAGCUACAAUCACCCAGGAGACUCAGGAGUAAAGCUUCUUUCUGCUGUGCUGAAGGAUCCUCAGUGGAAACUUGAAACUCUCUGGCUGGAACAUUGUGGAGAGCAGAGGCUGAGACCCGGUCUGAAGAAGUGUGAGUAUUUCUGUGCACUUGUACCGGACACAAAUACAUUACACAGAAACCUCAAACUUUCUGACAACAACAGGAAGCUGACACGUGUGAUGGAAGAGCAGCCAUAUCCUUUUCACUCAGAGAGGUUUCACUCCUUUGUGCAAAUGGUGUGUACCAGUGGACUGACUGGUCGCUGUUACUGGGAGGUGGAGUGGGAAGGAGUGAUUGACAUAGCAGUGAGUUACAGAGAAAACAGAAACACUUUCCAGAGGGUUCGGUUUGGAGACAAUAACUACUCGUGGAGUCUAAGGUGCUCUCAUGUUGGGUACUAUGCAAUGCACAAUAACAGAGGAACACGCGUCUCCUCCUCCUCUGUCCUCGACAGAAUAGCAGUGUACGUGGACUGGCCUGCUGGCAUGCUGUCCUUCUACAGAAUCUCCUCUGACUCACUGAUCCACCUCCACACCUUCAACACCACCUUCACUGAACCUGUGUAUCCUGGGUUCUGGUUGUCCAAUCACUCCUGGGUGUCUCUGUGUUCUCUGUAGCAGGGAGAUCCUCCAGUGAGGACACGCACUGACACACAUGAACAGAUGUUUAUUAUUCUUUUCUCGUCUGGUAGACCUCGGAGAAAGCCCUGGCUUGCACUGAACACUUGUCGACACUUGGUGGCGCCACAGCGAAUGUAAUCGCUAGAAUGGACCAGAUGGAUGGACUGAUGGUGAAUAAUACAGACGACCUGUGACAUUCUGCAUCAUAAACAUGUUCAUUUCAUCAGAUUACUGGCCUGCUUCUGUGGUUCUGAGUUUAGAUGUAAAUGUGCAUUAAACUACAAAUCACAUAACGGCUGA